CAUUGGUUGCGUUCACCUUAGUUCCAUGCUUCUUCAAUCGAAUCUCUCAAGUUUAUCCUUCAGAAAUAGAUAAAUAUGGUUAUGCGGCUUGAAUUGGCGUUUUAUCGGGUUUUGCGGUCAAGUUGAAUGUGUUUUUGACUGAACGACGACGCGUACCAAAAUUGCCGUCUAUUUAGAAUUGCGAUUUUCAGUUACAAUUCGUCAUCGAUAGUGCGCGUAUCGUCAACGGAAAACUUCUCUUGGUGCUUCACAUAGAAAAUGUAUAUUGCAACGCUUGUCAUUUUGGGAUCACUUCUUCCGUCAUGCCUCCCGGCAUUUGUGGAGCGUUCCGACUUCUGCAUAGAAACCGAUCCCACGUUACUCAUUGAUAUAGGUCGUCGAGUGGUUAUUCCCAGUGAAAAGGAUUUAAAAUGCGCUAUCACAGCCACAACACUUACAGCUAAAGAGAAGGCUAGCCUCGUUGAGACAUUAUGUAAGGAUCAUGGUACCACCACGAUGAAACAUAGUUUUCAUCACUACUUCAAGCUGCGCAAUGGAGAGCUAAGUGGACGCGGCGUUCAGCAGGAUAUUUGUGAGGAGAACGCCAACGCUAUGUUAGCCUGGGUACCUUACAGCACAAUGAUGCAACAUUAUGCCGCGGAGCUGAACCCAAAGGAGCGGCUCAGUUACAUUGCGAAGGCCACAAACUUAGACCGUGAGAAGACCGAAUUGUGUCAUUUCAGUCAUACCGAUCUGGUCAACGGAGUCGCUGACAAGUUGUUCACUUGCGUGGUCAUGAUUUUCGAGGAUAACUUUUAUGACGUGGACGAUAACAUCAAUGUGCUGGUGGAGCUGCAACCAUUGGCCUACCAACUGCGUAAUAUCACCUACUUGCCUUGGCGUAACGUAACCAACAGUUAUAAAAUGCUACUGGGUAACGGCGUGCUCAAGAAUCCCAGCACACAACGCAAGCCCAUUUAUGGCAGCGUUAACUAUGCGUUUGUAGAGAAGAUUCGACUGAACACCAGCAGCAUUUACAACGAGGGUUAUCAUUUAGACAAGCUGCCGCUGCUGCUGGAACAUCGUGGCGCUGUCUUAGAUCUUGAUGAGGCUGGCGAGGGCGGCAUGAAUGUGCAGAAACAAGCAUACUUUGGACGCACCAUGGAUCCUCAUAGUGAUGUGCGGGUCCAGGUCAUUGGACAAUGGGUUGAUCAGCAUCGUGAGUUCGGUGCCGAUGUCUAUGAGUACUAUGGUCAUGGAUUAGCUCGCUUCAAAUUGCCAAUCACUGGUGCUAGGCUCACGUUCGUGCGCAUCGAUAACACUGAGCCGGUGUUUGAGGCUGCCGAGUCGAGUAAUCUGGCGAAGGCAUCGCUGUUCCGGGACAUGGAUUCUGCACCAGCUAGGCUUAGUGUGAACGGUUCAAUGGAGCAAAUCACGGAAUGGGAGGCGGACGAGGAAGAGGAAUCCUCGUUCUAUCCAUGGUUUGUGAUUAGUUGUUUACUUAUUGGCAUUGUCCUCAUCGCCGUUGUUUAUGGCGUUGUUCGUGUUUACCACAAAAGGAACAAGCAAAAACAAAAGUAUGAAUUGGCGAAUACAAAUAAUACACCAGCGAGCGCCUAGAAUUUAAGUCAUAUUUUCAUUAGGUCUUUCGUUGAUUUUUGAAAAAGACAAGUUUAUCAAAUAAAUUGUUUAUAUGUUUUUUACGAUUUAACCUAAAUAACAAAUACUUAUUGUAUUUUACAUAUCGAUGAUCAAUUUAGAUUGCUAGUAUCGAGUUUUAAUUAAUGCAUCGAUAUCCUAUUUUUG